CAGAAGUCAGAAUGUAAUGCAAGAAGAAAAGAUGUGGGUUGGAAGAAAGAAUGGCUUUUGAGUGUGGCCCACUUGUUUAGGAAAUUUGGUUAUAAAAAGAAAUGAAGAAUCAAGACAAGAGGGAGCCAUUGCACCAGUUGGAGGCUUUUGAAGGAGAGGACAAGAAUACUUGUGGCUUCUUGAAAGCUAAGAAAAGAGAACCAAUGGGGAGGAACUAAUCAAAGGUGUUGAAGAAUCACCUCAUAAAAAUAAGAUGGUGGUGAGCGAGGCAGCUGGGUCCUACAUCCUGGCCAUGAUCUGGAACUUCAGCUGUGAGCUCUAAUGCAGGUUACUAGAUGCUCUAAGCCUCAGUUUUCUCAUUAGUGGAAUGGGGUUGAUAAGAUUACCUACCUCACAUUGUUGCUGUGAGAUAAUGCAUACAUACAUGGAGCUUGGCUUGCUGCUUAGCCUACACUAUCCUUGGGUAGGAUCUCUGACCUGUGGUAAAUCUGGGCCAUUUAGCCAGUGAUGUCACAAUGCCCUACUAGACUCCAACUUCUCCACUAGGGAGUUCACGGAUCCUUUGGAGCCAAGGACUGCAGCUGACAUGCGAGAACUCUAUCAGCUGAGGGUUUCAUGAAUAUUCUCCUUUGCCAAGAUCUUGGUGAAUAGUCUUUCACUGUGCAUUUGUGUCUGAGAGAUUUUACUUUUUAUCAUGAUCGUGCUUGGCUGGAUGCUUUUUGUUGGACUUGCAUGUUACAUGGGUACAUUUCCAGAGUCCAUGCCUCCAACUCUGAAGUGGAGAGAGAGGUGGCCUGUUCAUCAGAGAAGGGCACGACUGAGGAACCGAGCUUUGGAUGAAGAUGUGAAACUGAACAAUGUGGAAGGGAUAUAAGUAUCCCCCAGGAGGGACCCCGGUGGAAAUAACCAAAGAUGAUCCUGGUGAAGUCAUGCAGCUCUGAAGCUCACCUGCCCAGCUGUACAGUUCCUGUUGUUGGUUUCCUAUAAAGUAAUUGCACAUUAAUUUGUCAUUUUAUGUAAAAAAUUUCCGCCCUUUUUAACUCCAAGACUUGGUAUUCUAUUAGCAAACAGUGAGAUGGAGUGUAGGUGGGGGGGAGGUAGGUAGUAGGGCUGGAUGGGAGAUGACAUCUUUGACUAAAUAACUAGUUUAAGUUGCUCUCGAUUUCUGUGUCCUUAAGGACAGAAACUAUAGCUCUUUAGACCCAUUUCCCAAGUAAUGCCUUUAUCCUACCUGGUUUCUGGGUCCAGGAUCCACUGGUGAAAGAAUGUUAUAAAUGGGUAGAUUGCAGCAACAUGAAGAUUAUAUUCUUUGAGGCUAUUUCUCUUCAUCCUUUUCACAGCUAUUAUCAAGAACCCAAAGCAUGCACCAUGUUUGGGAAGUCUCUCAAUAUUGGCUACUAGAUAAAUUUUACAUAUUUUAAUCCUUAUAACAGCCUUCUGAGCUAGAUACUAUCCUCAUUUACAAAAUGGCAAAAGUGAAGUUGAGAGGCUUUAGUGCCUGAGCAACCCACACAACUCGAGGUUGCACAAAGUUGAGAUCCAGGCCUCUCCUUUGCCUGCUUUUGUAUGACACAAAAAAGGAGCCAAACGAGUCAAAUGCAAAUGGAUAUUCAAGAGUUUCACUGCCUUCUGGCUCAAAUGUCUUCCUCACCUGAACAGCCAAGACAUUGAUGAUUCUUUUUGGAGUGAGUGCCAAAAUAGGCCACAUGUGUAUAAACCUAAUUGUUCAAUUUCAGUAUGAUGCAAGGAGAGGUGUUUAUGUGACCCAAGAUGGGUAAUCUAAGACCCAGGGUUUGAGCCCUAGGAUAUUCCUAAUAUGUCGUUUUAAAAAAUGGUUUGGAGCUUUUAGAUUCAGACUCUAAAAGAGGGGAAAACCUCACAAGAGCAAAUACUUUAAAAACAAGCUAUAUGGAACUGUUCCCUUUCUGUGGCUGCUCCAGGAAGACUGAUAGUUCCAUUGUUCUAAAGUGCAACCCUACCAGCAAAGUACAUCUUUUGGCAAUAUAGUCAAUUUUGUUGACUAUUUGACACGGUUGCUGAACUAUUUUUAAGGGACUCUAUGCACUGAAUGGACUGCCCUCUUUUUACGCAAAGAAAAGUAGAUUCAAAACCCAUCAGCAAUACUUGGUUAAGUUCUGAAUCUAGCAUACUAGUAUCUUAUACUUCUUGACCUUGAUGCAACACAUUAAGUGUAUGGAUCCUUUGACUGCAUGGCUGUGCUUACUUUCCUCACAUAUAUUCCUAAGGACUCACUUCCUCAGCCAUGGCAGGCUCUUUUCUAUAUAGACAAUCAGAACCUGCUCAAGUUUUCCUGACAAGAGGAAAUAUAUAUCCAGUUCUACUUCCCUCGGUUCCCAGAGCAUACCUCCAAACAAUUCUACAAGUUGGCUUUGUGAUGGUGGGACAGUACCCUAAGUAGGUGGUUGGGCAGAGGGUAGGUAUCAAUGACAGGGGCUGAGCAGACAUGAACGUGUAAGAGAGAAUGACCAGAGGCCUGUGUUUAAGGAGGCAAACCGUAUUUCUGAGGCUAAUGAGUAUGCUGGGAUUUCUAACUAGAAAAAUAUUCCAGGUGAUGAGAUAAGGAAUAUCUGAAUUUUGGUAAAUAAAUGCAAAUCAGUGGAAAAUAUCAAUAAAAUAUUUUUAAUGCCUACAAUUUCUUUUACACAUAAGUUGCAAAACUUUUACCUGUAUAUGCAAAAGUAGAUUCUCUUGCAAGUCAACAGCACCAGAAAACAAGCUAAACUAUUAAAUUUUUUUAACUUGAUUUAUCCAUUCUAUAAAAAGACAUGGAUUUAAUAACUUCAAAGAAAUCUAGUUCCCGCUCGUUAAUUAUACACUAAACACUUGAAUAUUUCAUUACAUCCACUCACAAAAUAAAUAGUCUAAUAUAUCCAGUACAUUGAAAAUAAAACAACCAGUCUUUCUUCAUAUAUUCUCUUUCUAAACAUGUUUUGGUCUCCUGCUAUAUCUCAGAAAAGUACUAAUAGCUGCUUUUAAAUUACAAAAUACAAAACCGUUAAUUAUUUCUUAGAGAAAAUCUUGGGGAUCAUAUUUAAAAAAAUGAAAUUCCAAGUUCCCAUAGACUUUCUUUUUGUUAACAGUCUUUGAAUCUUCUCACGGCACACAUGUAAGGCUGCCUGUGACAUGUGGAACCCUGGCCUCCCAAUGGACAUAACUGCAUUUAUACUUUAGAGAAAAUACAAAGACAAAUUUUCUGAAAGUAGCCUUAAAAGUGCCCCUUGCUUUGACAUAGCAACAUCAGAAGCAAGUGGGACUGUGCAAUCAGAGCCAUGUGAGUUUUAUGAAAACUACUUUCCUUUCACAUCAUCUGUUAGAGAAUGCUGCAUCCAUGAUCAUAUAACAUUACCAUCGUGAGAUAACAUUACUACAUUCGUGAAUUAACAUUACCCAAUAAAAGGCACAUUUUCAAAUAUUGAAUUAAUAAAAUCUGAAAAUCAGAACAGUAGAGGAUACAUUAAAAAUCAAGCACUUAAUUUGUAAACCUUGAUAAAAUAACAGCCUAUUCCAGUUUCUUCAAAGGCUUGUGAGCUUUUUUACUAAUUGGGAAUUGCAGAACAAAAUGGAAGACGAUUUAGAAAGGCCAAGAUAAAUUUAAGACUCGGAACUUUAAAGAAAAAGUUACAAAGUACCCUUUUAUAAUGUUGAGUUGAAUAAUACAAAAAUCGACAUCUGUACUACAGAAGAAAUGUACUCAGAAGUGAUAGACAACAUAGACAUAACCUGACUCUUCCUACCAAAUUCUGGAAUGUCUAUCUAGCACAGGUUGCCUCUGUACAAAUAACUGUACAAUAUCAAGUAAAGUGCUAGCAAACCUUAAGCUUCCAGAAAUCUUUCAGCUAUGACAAGCACUUACAAUUGUAGAUUACAGACAUGUGUCUGAAUAU